AGUACAUUAGAGCGAUAGGUCGAAAACGCGCGCGUUUUACUUUAAAAAUACCGAGAAACUCGGACGCAACAAUAUAAACUUUAUUGCGCCGUAAUAAAACGUGAAAUCGCCUUCCAAACCAUUUUGAUGUCAAAAAUAAUUGUGAUAUAAACCAAAAAGCAAAACUGUGAUUCGUAAUUACUUUUGUAAAAACGUGAUUUUAAGAAAACUGUGUGUCAUUUGAAUUUUCUAUCUGUGCCCUAUUGUUUAAGCGACUGCAUCAAGCGUAUCGUGAUGUAUGAUGUCACCAGAAUGACUGUGAAUGUAUGAGACAGGAAUCAUGGAGUCACCAGAAUUAGUACCUCUGGAAGCUGGCGUCAUCCGUCCACGGCUCAACCGCCACUGCAGCCGACUAGCUUCACGCGAUUGCUACCGGGGACCUAUCAAGAUCUGCAGGCUGUUGGCAUUACUCAUAUUCUUGCCAAGCGUUUUUAUAUUCAUGCCGCUUUAUAUGAGAUAUCGAGUGUUUUCUGGUCAAAUGUAUCCGAUGAGUAUGACAGAUAUGAGACUAAUUGAUGGCAGAAUAUCAACAACAUGGUGUCAGAGACAAGUAGUCCGAUCGAACACGACCUUCAACGCGUUCGUGGUACCAGGCCCGCCGGAGCUGACGGACGAGCUGGUGCCGGUGUCUAUGACCAGGGAGCUGGAGUUGAAGGACGACAUGAAGGAAUACUGGGGAUUCUAUCUGCUGAAAGGAUCCACUGUUACCGUGUCGACGUGUGUCAGGUGGCCAGGAGCUUCACUAAUCAUGAUCAAAGGUUACAAGCAUCUACAUGAAUGUGCGUAUAUCGGAGACGAUUCUUCUGAAGAACUGGAUGAGCUGAUGGAAGCCAACAAGUUGGGUCUGAUAUCUGACGCCUUGUUGUUGGAAAAGAUACAAGAGCUGAAGAAGGUUGAUGGGAAAGCAAACCAUCCUGAUACUAUGAAACGCCAUAAGGCUGGUGUCAGCUUUCAUGACCCGAGUCACACUGCAAACGUCACAUCUCCAGAAUCAGUCCCUACUGCUGACGUAACAGAACAGGAUCCUAAGGAGCUACGAGAACUCCUGGAACGUCUCCAUGCUCUUCGCCAGGCAGCUAAAGAUGAACUGAUGAAACACUAUCAGCCGCCAUCUCAUCUUGUGUCUCUACCAAGUUUGCACCGACACAGAGACACUAAUGUAGACAAAGAUGAAAUCAAAUGGAUUUCUUUCACAGAUAUCGAUGGCAAAAAAAAUAAAACAAACAUAUAUACUGACACCGCAAUUAAUGUACAACCUUUAGCUAUUGAUCCCAAAAGUGCUCCCAAUGAGAGAGAAAAAGAAAUAAACGAUACUCAUGCUAGCAUAGAUAAUUAUAAAAUUAGCUCUGACAAAAAAGUACAGGAAAAAAAAAUUACAAUCAAAGAAAACAGUUCUAUUGGAAUAAAAGAAGAUGUAACAAAAUAUACGACCGAGGAAAUUUCCACAAUGUCCAGCUCUAUUGAACAAGAAUCUUCUCGAGAAAUUUUCGAAGAUGUCUUCAAGAGGCUAAGGGCGCUGGGGGACAGGGGCAAGAGAGUUCUUGCCAGGCUGCACGAAACUAUGGAUGUAGAAUAUAAUCGGACUUCGAACAAACCUACAUCGGAUAUAAUGUCAACCGUCAAAGGCAGCGAAGAGGAACUUGAUAGUUUAAGAAAUAUUUUAGUGGAAGCCAUCGAUGAAGAAAAGAAUCGGGUACAAAGAAAAGAGAAGCGGCGAUAUGCACAAGAGGAUGCCCGAGCCAAGAGAGAGCUAAUGCUCGGACAGAUCGAGCUCCAGAAACAGUUCAAUGAAGACGACGAGGCUAGAGAUUAUGCUGCUGAGGAGGAUCUUCAGCCGGAUGGCUAUGCUGAACAUCAUGAGCAGGUGAAUGAGACGACGGCGUUCGACAUGAGCAACUCAGAGUUCUGGUCCUCAUUCUCCAGCAGCGAGGAGGCUCUGUUGGAAUGUGAAGGUCUCAUACUGAACCUGCCUCUAACGCCGCACAGUUCCUGCCAUAAACAGGCUACUGACAGUGAAAGUUUCUCCGCGUCUAGAGCUAAUGCUCUCACUUAUAGGUGAGCCUACGUGUCCCUGAUAACUUGUAUAGUUUUUUCUUUAUACAAGGAAUGGGUUGACAUUUGCCUGCUAUCUGACCUGACGGUCUGUAAGAUGUGGCCUAAGAUGGUAUAUGAUUACCCAGAAAGUGCCUGUUCACUCUGACUUUGAAGGAUCCAGAUUAUUUAUAGAUUAAUAAGGCUUAAAGAUACCCUUAGAUACGUCCCUCUUGGUUAUACAGUACCAUCGAAUGGUUACUACUUCUUCGUAUUUAAUUCUGAAAACGAGGUGCAGACUAACUUUAUAAAGGCGCGUUUCGAUCUACAGAAGACGAGAUAUGAGGUCGCCAGAACCGCACUAAGGGAAUGCAGGAACACCACCGCGAGGUGCGACCUUCCAUUAGAUAUAUUCUCAAGCCAAAAGGUGGUGUUAGAAGUGCCUCUGAGGAGCAACGACUCGUUGUGGAACGAACAGUUCGUGAUCAUGUCGGAGUGCGAGCCGCGCACCUCCGUGUACGUGGCGUGCGUCGUCGCCGUGCCCGUGCUCAUCAUGAUGUUCGCCUUCCAGUAAGCCUGAUCGAGCACGCGGUAC